UCAUUCAGCUCCAAGUAUGAGGAUAGCCGGAAAAAGGAUUGAGAUAAAGCUGCUACAUUGAUGGAUUUCUUAUGGCACGAACAUCCUUUUAAAAUUUCUAAAUUGUAUCCACGCGUUAUCAAACGUCUCUUUCGCAAUAGUCAUCAAAUCUAAAAAAAAAACAGUGAAUUAUUUAUUGAAGAAAAUAAAAAUUAGGCAUGUUUGAGUUCGGGCGAUCGGAGGGUUUUCCCUCGCAAUAUUCCGCGCAUCAUACUCCAGUAACAAUAGACGUGACCGAGACCAUACUGGUCGCGAUUUUCGUAAUUAUCUCGAUCGCUUAUAUCAGUAUUAUACCGGGCUAUCGCAAGAAGCAAAGCAUCUAUGUAACUAUAAAAAUCGGCUUCAGCAUCGUAAUUGGAUGCUUGUUAAUAGUACAGAACUUUGGUCAGGAAUGGGAAUACGGUGGUACGAAGAGCAAAACACCUUAUCGAGCUGGCGCAAACCAGGAGAUCGAGGCUCAAAUGACAGUUAAGAUAGGAUUGAGAUCGGUGAAUAUUACGCUGAAAGCUGAUCCAGAAGAAGGCACACUGCUUGCAAAGGAAACAAUUGAUUAUAAUGAAAGAUUUCCAUGGACAUGGGACCAAGGCAGAAUCGGUUUUGGACCUUAUGCCGGACUGCUGCAAAGGACCUUCCGCGAAGGACAAAGAAAGGGUUUGCCUAUUCCCAUUUUAUGGAUUGCCGAGUAUUUUGUUAUUGAUGGAGAAGGUAUUCGAUUCGGGAGAUUUUAUCGAACUGCCGGGUGGUACUGUCACAUCUUACUGUGGACCGCCUUCGCAUGCUGGAUAUUAGCUAACAUAUUCCUGCAGUCUGUGAGCCGGUACGUCGCCUAUUUAACCGGCUUGAUAGGCGGCUUGCAAUUAUUAACUUGUCUAAUAUGGGUCUGUGUACAUAAUCCAAUCCCACUUGUAAUUCCUUUCGAAGACGGUGUCAUUAAAAUGACAUUAGGUCUGCAUUUCUGGAUGACUUUCGGAUGCGGUUUGUUUUGUGUUCUUCUGGCGAUUAUAAUGAUAUUUAUGGACUUGCGUUAUCCAAAUACAUUAUCUACAUUUUUGGAAAUAGAUCCACUUGGUCAAUACGAUGAAUGCAUAAUGCGAAGCUGUCAAAUGGACGAUAUACUGCGUAAAAAAGUACACAUAGAUGAUUCGAUGGAAAUGACUUCGACUUCUACCUUUUCGCAAGAUAGAAACGCAGGAAUGAUGGUAUUAAAGAGGAGAUCGACCAUAAAAAACGCGCAAAAAUCGCUCUUCCGUGCACCAGUUCCCGUGAAAAUGGAAAUCUACGAUGACGUGGCCGUUUAUGAGAACCAGAACAUAGCAGGAUCAUCUAAAAGCGCGUCUAAAAUGGAAAUGAUCGACGAGCAGAACAAAAUCAAGCCGCCGCCUAUUCCAAAAAAGAAGAUAGUAAAAGUCGAUCCCUGAAACGAUAGCCUAUCGAUCCUAAACGAUAUUUCUAUCAAUGUGAGUUAAAAAUCAACAUGAAUAAAUUAAUAUUUUGAAAGAAGAA